AUGCAUCAGCCUUUGGGUUUCCGCGACCCUCACCACCCGGACUAUGUCUGCCGUCUGAAGAAGUCCCUUUAUGGUCUGAAACAGGCGCCUCGUGCUUGGUAUCAGCGAUUUGCUGAUUAUGUUUCCUCUAUUGGAUUCCGGCACAGCACUUCCGAUCAUUCUCUUUUCAUCUUCCGGCAGGGUUCUGAUAUUGCCUACAUACUUCUCUAUGUUGAUGACAUCAUCCUGGUUGCAUCAUCGCAUGAUCUCCGCAAAUCCUUUAUGGCACUUCUUGCAUCCGAGUUUGCUAUGAAGGAUCUUGGUCCUCUGAGUUACUUUCUUGGCAUCGCUGUCACUAGACAUGCAGGUGGCCUUUUCCUCAGUCAGAGCACUUAUGCUACUGAGAUUAUUGCUCGCGCCGGCAUGGCCUCAUGCAACCCUUCUGCUACACCGGUUGACACCAAGCAGAAGCUCAGUUCUUCCUCUGGGACUCCUUGUGAGGAUGCCACCCUAUAUCGGAGUCUUGCUGGUGCCCUACAGUACCUCACAUUUACUCGUCCUGACAUUUCCUAUGCUGUUCAGCAGGUUUGCUUACAUAUGCAUGCACCCCACACCGAGCACAUGCUUGCCCUCAAGCGGGUUCUCCGCUAUGUUCGUGGCACAUUGACUUAUGGGCUACAUUUGUAUCCCUCCCCGGUUGAAAAGCUUGUUUCUUACACUGAUGCUGACUGGGGGGGCUGUCCUGACACCAGACGCUCCACUUCUGGUUACUGUGUUUUCCUCGGUGACAACCUCAUAUCUUGGUCCUCCAAGCGGCAACCCACUCUCUCUCGCUAAUGUUGUCUCCGAGUCCUGCUGGAUCCGCAAUUUACUUCUGGAGCUUCAUUUUCCUCUCUCUCAGGCAACAUUGGUCCACUGUGACAAUGUUAGUGUCAUCUACCUCUCUGGGAAUCCAGUGCAUCAUCAGCGUACCAAACAUAUUGAGAUGGAUAUCCACUUUGUUCGGGAAAAGGUCGCGCGUGGCCAGGCUCGCGUCCUUCAUGUUCCUUCCCGUCAUCAGAUUGCGGACAUUUUUACCAAGGGCCUACCUCGGGUUCUUUUUGAUGAUUUUCGUUCCAGUCUCAGCGUCGGUGAACCUCCCGCUUCGACUGCGGGGGUGUGAUAGAAUAGGAUAUUAUUUAUUCUCUUUGUAAUUACGCCUGUAAUUAGGGUUUAAUAUUUAUUGUUAGUCAACUAGGUAAGUUGUAUAUAUAGGGUAUUUCAUUAUCAAUAAUACUCACGGAAUUGAUUUCCUUCAAAAAUUGUACACAAGUGUCUGCUAUCUGCGAAAUGGAUGGCGGUUCUAAUGUGUAUGUUAAGUAGAAGGUGGAAGUUCUGUUUUGGACAAUUUGAAUUUGAAUAAUGCAGAAUGUACCCAUUGUUGGUUAAAUUUUUAUCACAAUCUCAAUCCAAUAAAAUUCAAGAGUUGUUAAUCUUGACAUGCUCAUUUUAUUGAUAAAUUUGGUUUAUAGGAUUUGAUUUGUAUUUUAAAUUCUUAUUUGAACAGUUGUUGUUAAAUGAAUCCAUAGUUUUGGUAACUCUU